ACACACAGUCUAUUGUAAUGUUUGCAAACAAAAUGACAUUUACUUUAAAUCACAAGUUUUGUCACGUUUUAUACAUUAGUGUCGACAGUGAGUGACAAGUGAUUGAUUGAUCACUGAUUGACCACAAAAUGCCGUUUCAAAUGCCAAACCAACGACAAGAACUUCAGAGGAAUAAGAUUUUAGAAGAUAUUCAGAAAAAGCAACAAAUGCUUAAACAACAAUCAAUUGGCGGCCAACCGGUCACUUCAUCACAAUCACCCACGGGAUCAACACAACCACUACUGGACACGGCCUCCACUUCCGGCUCUACGUCUUCAAUAUCAUCAGCACAACGAUCAGCUCUGAAUCACGCAAACAAUAACUCGUUUGGAUAUUUCAUAACUCAAGACUCGUCAUUUGGUAAUCUUAUUCUUCCAGUUUUACCACGAUUUUAGUCAUGUCUUAUGAAACGAUUUAUUUGACACUAUUUUAUUACUAUUAAUAUAUUUAAAUAAAAGUUUG